AAUCCUCCUUCUACGUGGCACAGAGCAUACAAACUUGUUGAAUAUGCCGCGCCUCUUCCAGCUCGUGGCGACUUUCUCGCUGCUUCUGUUCCUGGUCGCUGCUCAGCCAGCGGAGCAGCAGCAUGGUGCGCAGGCUGACGCGGCAGUGACGCCUGCCCCCGUGGCCAACUCGGCCAUGCGCUCGACAGCCUUCGCACGCGCUGACGCGGACCACAACGGCGUCGUGGACCAACACGAAUUUGCGGUCUUCACGGACUCAAUUAAGAAUGUGCUUGGCCCAUUCCUGGGGACCUUCCCAGCCGAUGCCGGUGCCGCGGCCGCCGCUGGGUGGGGCACUGGCGCCCGACCCAAGCUACGCACUGGCGGGCCGCACAAGUUUUGGUCCGGGUUCGUAAGCGGCAUCCUGACCAUUUGGGCCACAGAGAUCGGCGACAAGACGUUCUUCAUUGCAGCCAUUCUGAGCAUGAAGAAGGACCGCGUCGUGGUGUUUGCGGGGGCUAUCGGCGCUCUGAUCGUGAUGACGGUGCUGUCCGUGGUGAUGGGAGUGGUGGCCACCAAGUUCCUGCCCCCGAGUCUAACGCACUACCUUGGCGGCGUAUUGUUUGUGGUGUUUGGAGUCAAGAUGCUGUACGACGCCAGGGAGAUGAACGCCGCUGGCCCGUCAGAUGAGCUUAACGAGGUGGAGGAAGAACUAAUGGGCAAGAAAGACGACGAGGACACAGAAAACGUGGAGGAGGGCCACGCCAAGUUGGAGAACACGACGGACGGUAUGAUUAAGGUUUUCUCACAGACGUUCCUCAUGACGUUUCUGGCCGAAUGGGGCGACCGCUCUCAGAUCGCGACGGUGACGCUGUCGGCCACCAAGGACGCGUUCGGCGUGACACUCGGUGCGAUUCUCGGCCACUCGAUGUGCACGGGUAUUGCCGUCGUGGGCGGCAAGUUCCUGGCCACACGCAUCUCGGAGAGAACCGUGACACUUGUAGGCGGCAUCCUCUUUGUGCUGUUUGCGCUGCACUCGUUCAUCACGGGCCCGAGUGUGUCGGAGUAAGGCUGCAACAUCGACAUGAACGCAACAAGCAGAAUAGAUAAAAAAGCGACAAGCUGACUACAUUUCACUCUAACCGCGCAACUGUUACCGUUUACGUGGUCUCGGACUCGGAUUCCCUUCCUUGGAUUCUUCCUCGUCGUCCGAAAUGAACUCAAAGUUAAAAAUGCGUGGCGUCGCCGCGCCAAGCUUUCGAGAUGACGGCGGUUUCCUCAGCUGCGGACUUUCAUCAGUCUGGCUAGGUAGCGUUGACAUAUCUGGAGAAUAGUCACUCUGCAUGUCUAAAGAUGACGGGAGGCGAUAGGUCAGAGACGAUGUACGCGAGGGAUUUUGCGGUGACGGAGCUGGCCCGCGGUGCUCUGGAGAAGCAGAAAACCAGUCUUGACCUUCAUCUAGAAAGCUGGGUCUGUCUUCUUUUUCUUCCACUGUACUCGUUUCAAUCUCAAUAUUCACAGUGUGAGGCGAAUCCAAAGUUCGCGAUAUGCUCGACGCUGUCGGACUGAGUUCCAAUGGAGGUGAGACUGUGGGUUGCUGAGCUUCGAAGUGGUCCGUCACGGAUUCGAAGGUGAAAAUGCGCGGAGUAACUGAGCCUUGCGUUCUUACAGAAGGAUGGCGAGACAACGCUGGUGGGGAACCACUGGUCGAGACUCCCGACAUACUUGUUGUUGGCGUCGGAAACUGACUCAAAGGUGCCUGUUGCUGUUGCCAACCUGAGAUGGUAGACAGAAUCUCUGUGUAUCGAUCUUCUGCUCGUCGCUGGGCUUCUUUAAUCUCAAUCUGCGCGUUUGCUAACUCGUUGAUUGUCGACUCGAUCCUCUCUAAAUUCCCAGCAAUAGCUCGAUCAAAUGGUUGCACUCCAGGAAUUGAGUCGAAACAUGCAACAGAACGCGAACGAGUUGUGCCACUGCUGUUCCGUUUACUGCGUGCUCGAGCUCGAGACUGAUCUGACCCACGACGCGAUGACGGAGCCCCAGAGGCGAAAGAUGCUCCUCGGGAAGGAGAAAAUGGUGUGGCAGGAUACCGCUUGGGUCCAUAGGCUGUGCUUGCAGCGUAAAAGCGAUCAUCAUCGGUAGCUGAGUCCAACUCGUGGUUCUCUUCCAGAUCUCCACGUUUCGUUAGUGAUAAAGCUCUGUGAGUCGGGAAAAACGACAUGUCUUUCUUGGCCAUGCGCAUAGCGAGGAACAGCUCCAGCCCAUUGUAAUCCGUGAUAUUCUUCUUGCGAAUAUGGACGAACAGGUACAGAUAAUGCCACAUAUUGUGGUCUCGUGAAAUGUGAUCGUGAAAGCCUCGCUUAGUGGCGCGGUCGAACGUGUACGCAUCGAUCGAGCAGAUAAAACAGCGUCCCUGCAUGUCCAGUAUCUUUUCUUGGUCGUUUGUGCGCAAGGAGGCGAAUGUGUCGAUGAUAACACCGAAGAUCAAAUUGAGGAGUAAGACGACGAGCAGAAUGUUGUAUAGCACGUCAAAUGCCAAGCGACCAUAGGAAUGUGCUGAGGUUCCCAAGGGGAUCUGUCGAAGGUAGCUACCCAGUCCUCCGUCGCUUUUUAAGCCUUGGUCAAGACUCACUAGAAAGCACUGGAAGAGCCGCUGGCAUGUGUAUGGUGCUCGUCCUGCUAUCUGAGCUUUCGUAAUAUCUUUCUCCUGAGUGUAAUCUUCCCGGAAGAAGAAGAAACCCACAACAGCGAACACGUACACUACGAUCAAGUAGAGCAGCGUCGUCACGCCAAGUGCCUUUGCUGGCCGCGAGAUGGAUCGCAAAACGUUGUUGAGUUCCUUGUAACGAUCCACCACAUCAAGUAACAGAAACGCGAAGUAAAGCUUGUUAACAUACGCGCCCAAAACCGAGAUGAAGAUCUGCAUCAGCGAGUAAAUCACACGAGGGCUUCGCACAAGGAAGUACAGCGAGAUAGUCGUAAUUUCUAAUUGGACACGAAAGUCACCUCUUGCGGUU